AUGCGCUCCGUGCAUGGCCCGGCGCGCUCUCAUUCCUUGCGUCGCUCCAGAUCCUCGCGUGGAGACUCGCGACGAAGUCUCACGCGAAGCCCGUCUCCGGGGCGCGACCAGGAUCGCUCCGACCGUCCCAAAAGCCGAUCGCGAUCUUCUUCCCGUGGCCGAUCACGGUCUCGCAGUCGUAGUCGAGGUGGUCGACGCUACCGUAGCCGGAGUUACAGCAGAACGCCCAGCCCAAAAAGCCCCCCGCGGAGCGCAAAAAUUGUGGUAGAGAAAUUGACCAAGAACGUCACGGAGAAUCAUCUCCGCGAAAUAUUCGGAAGCUUUGGCGAGAUCGAGUACCUCGACCUCCCCAUGAACAGAUCCUUCAUGACCAAUAGAGGCAGCGCCUACAUCUUGUACUACGACCCUGCGGAUGCUGAGGCUGCCAUUGCUCACAUGCACGAAGCUCAACUGGACGGGGCUAUUCUGAAUGUCUCGAUUGUUCUUCCACGUCGGACAUUCUCACGAUCACCUCCCCCUGCCUCCAACCGAGGCAAUGGCGGUCGCCCCAGGUUCGGCAAGGGAUCGCUCCCCACCGAGAAAAGGCAGCCUCCGCACCGAAAGCAAACGGCAGCGCCGACGCCGGAGUCCCAGCUACAGUAG